AUUCAUUUGAACUUUUUCACAUUUUUGCUUUGCUUUGCUUCUCUGUCUCUCUCUUUCUAGGGUUUGAAAAAUGUUCUCAAGCAGCCAGUUUGAUGCAACCUCUGCCUUCGCCGGCGGUGGGUUCUCGUUUACUCAGCAAACUCAGCCCACCGAUUCCACUCCCUCUCCGGCAAAAAGUCGCGAAACUCAGGGUUUGGUUCCAGUAACUGUGAAGCAAAUAAGCGAAGCUUCUCAGUCUGGUGAUGAAAAAUCAAAUUUUGUGAUCAACGGUGUGGAUGUCGCCAAUGUUACUGUGGUUGGGAUGGUGUUUGAGAAAGUUGGAAGGAAUACUGAUGUUGCUUUCAUUCUAGAUGAUGGAACAGGACGAAUGAAAUGUAGAAGAUGGAUGAACGAGAAUUUUGACACAAUUGAAAUGGAGGAAAUACUAGACGGAAUGUAUGUUCGUGUUAAUGGGCACUUGAAAAGCUUUCAAGGCGCUAAGCAAUUAGUUGCCUUCUCUGUCAGGCCUGUUACAAACUUUGAUGAGGUUACCUUCCACUUCAUUGAUUGCAUACAUAAUCACUUGCAAACCAAAUCACAGGGGGAAGGACUUACCCCAACCCAUCCUCAGUUGGUGGAUACAUCUCUGAGCACUCCUAUGCGGAAUGGGUCGAAUGGAAGUCAGACAGCACCAUCUAGUCAGUUAUCUGGGCAAUUUAGCAUUGAUGGACUCAAGAGCUGUGAUCAAUUGGUCCUUGAUUAUCUGCAGCAGCCUUCAAGCAUUGAUACCUCACUUCGAAUUAUAUGCAGUGGACAGGAAAAGGGGAUACACAGGGAUGAACUUUCACGGCAGCUAAAGUUUCCUGUGGAGAAGAUCAUGGAAUCUAUUAGGUCCCUUGAAGAGGAGGGUUUGAUAUACUCCACCAUUGAUGAGUUUCACUACAAGUCAACAGCAUCUGGUUGAUAUUCUUGAGGAUUUAACUUCUGCUCGGGUUGUGUUACGAGUUGGGGCAUACAUGAUGAAUGCUGUUUUAGUUUUUGUUAUCUCCUUUGGUCUAAAUAGAGCGUAGAAAUCUAGUUGGAUGACUGCAUCUUUGAAGUGCAAGCUAACUUGUCUUAAAUAUAACUUAAAUCUCCUAAUGUGUUGUAAAUAUUGGGCAUUCCUUUGGAGAUCAUCCCUUUUUUGGUUGUC